GUGAGAAAAAAAAUAAAAAAAAAUGGGUGGGCUUAAAGGCAUUCCUCUUAUCAUCCUAUUUGUAUUGGUUUCCUUUCAAGAAUAUUUAGUUUCAUCAAACAAAGUCACCUACAUUGUCCACAUGGAUAAGGCAUUUAUGCCCAAAUCUUUUGUCAGUCACGACCAUUGGUACAACUCUGUUGUUAACUCUGCAAAACUCGAAAAAACAACCUCAGACGACCAACACAAUCCGACCAGGCUUCUCUACACUUACGACCAUACGCUUCAUGGUUUUAGUGUCGUGUUGUCCGAGGAAGAAUUCGAAUCUCUCAAGGAAUCUCCGGGGUUUGUGUCGGCUUACAAAGACAAGACUGUGACGCUUGACACAACCCAUACUUUUGAGUUUCUGUCUCUCAAUUCCGCCACGGGGCUGUGGCCGGCGUCGGACUAUGGCCGGGACGUGAUCGUCGGCGUCAUUGAUACCGGCGUGUGGCCGGAGAGUGCGAGCUUUAGAGAUGAUGGGUUGGGGGAAAUUCCGGCGAGGUGGAAAGGGGAGUGUGAAGAAGGAGAACAGUUUGAUCCUUCCUUGUGUAACAAGAAACUGAUCGGCGUUCGGUACUUCAAUAAGGGAGCUAUGGCGGCGAAUCCGAACGUUACGAUAGUCAUGAACUCCGGGAGGGACGUUGAAGGCCACGGCACGCAUACGUCUUCCACGGCCGCCGGAAACUACGUGGAUGAGGCGUCGUUCUUCGGGUACGCCUCCGGGACGGCGCGUGGGAUCGCGCCGAGAGCUCGGGUGGCUAUGUAUAAGGUGAUUUGGGAAGAAGGGCGGUAUGCUUCCGAUGUUCUCGCCGGAAUAGACCAGGCGGUUGCCGACGGCGUUGAUGUGAUCUCCAUUUCCAUGGGGUUUGAUUUUUCUCCGUUGUAUGAAGACCCCAUUGCCAUUGCCGCUUUUGGCGCCAUGGAAAAGGGCGUUCUUCUUUCUUCCUCCGCCGGAAAUGCCGGCUCCGGGCUCGGAAACUUACACAAUGGAAUCCCGUGGGUUCUCACCUCCGCCGCCGGCUCCAUUGACCGGUGGUUGGCCGGAACUUUGAUUCUAGGAAACGGUGAAGAAAUCCUCGGAUGGACAUCUUUCCCGGCGAGCGCUAUUGUCAUGAAUCAACCGCUAAUUUACAAUCAAACAAUAUCCGCCUGCAAUUCAUCUCAGCUACUCUCCGAAUACGACGGGAUAAUAAUCUGUGACAACAUAGGAUCAUUCAUGUCCCAAAUCCGCGUCAUCGCAAACUCCAAGGUCCCAGCCGCCAUUUUCAUCUCCGACGACCCUGAAAUCUUCAAUUUCAACGAUUUCCCAUACCCCGGAGUCGUAAUUUCCCCGGCAAAUUCCUACAACCUCAUUAACUACGCUAAAAACGGCGCUAACCCCUAUGGCACCAUAAAAUUUCAGCAGACAUUUCUGGGCACUAAAUCUCACCCUGUGGUGGCCACCUACACUUCCAGAGGGCCGGCCCCGAGCUACCCGGGGAUCUUGAAACCGGACAUAAUGUCGCCGGGGACAUUAGUAUUAGCAGCCUGGGUUCCGACAUUAUACGCGUCUUACAUUUCCCCUGACAUAGAAUUAUCCAGCCCAUUCAACAUGAUCUCCGGGACAUCCAUGUCCUGUCCCCAUUCUUCCGGCAUUGCGGCUCUCCUUAAAGGCGCGCACCCGGAGUGGAGCCCGGCGGCGAUCCGGUCCGCCAUGGUUACAACUGCAAAUCCAUAUGAUAACACUAAUAAGCCCAUUAAAGAUCCCGCCUUUAACUUCACCUCUGCUUCUCCCCUCUCCAUGGGAGCCGGUCAGGUUGAUCCAAAUUCUGCACUUAACCCAGGGCUGAUUUAUGAUGCCACUCCCCAGGAUUACGUCAAUCUUCUCUGUUCCAUGAAUUUCACCAAAACCCAGAUCCUCACCAUCACCAGAUCAAAGAAUUACACCUUCGAAAACCCGAAUUCUGAUCUCAAUUACCCCUCCUUCAUUCUCCUGUACCCGGUUAAUCAAUCUAGAAGUGAAUCUGGGUAUGGGAUUAGAAGGACAUUUGUGAGGACUGUCACAUAUGUUGGAGAUGGCCCCGCAACUUUCACAGUUCAUGUCUCGGGUCCUAGGAAUUCCCAGGUUGAAAUACAGAACGGAAAUCUUUCCUUCAAGAACAAGUACGAGGAGGCGGAAUAUAAGCUCGUUUUAACCUACCUGGGGAAUCAAACUGGGGAAGUUGAGUUUGGUUCUUUGACUUGGAUUGAUGAGAGUGGUAAGUAUAAAGUGAGGAGCCCCAUCGCCGUGGCGCCUAUGAUCCCGACAUGGUGAUUUCUUGGUCGCAUACAUUAAUUAACCUGUUUCUCUACGUUAAUAAUUUGUUUAGUUUACUCACACUUUGGUCUGUUUGUUUUUCUUACACUUAGAUUCUGAUUCAGUAACAAAGUUGUUCGAAUGUUGUUUGGAUUUCAUUUUUAUG